CACUGCGGGGUGGGAAUCUAGCCAGAUGAUCUAACCACCUCAAUGCAGAGUAGGCAGUAUAUAAUACCUGGUGUAGGAACGUGAGAUGCUCGGUUUAAAGGGAACUGGCUCUUUCCUAGAUGAUCGAUGCCGGUCCCAGAUUAGCUCCAUUGACGGCACUGCGGUUGAAGAACAAGUAUAAAGCCCUUUCGCUUUAUAUUUCAAGUCUGACUCUGCUUAUAUUACCCAGCAUAAUUACUCGCGGUGGAAGCUCUUUGCCAGCAUGAAUGAUACAUCACUAUUUGCGUUUGAGUUCCCCCGAAUAGGGGGUCUCAUGGCUACGCAUUAUUUUCCUUACUUCAUUGGCAUCGCAUUGGUGACUUUGACAACGUAUACCUGGGCAACAUCUAACCCCAGCCUGAAGAAGCUUCCACAUAUUAAUCCUCCGGGCUUCUUCUCGAAUGCCCAAUCGAAGCACGAUUUUCGGCGUUUGGCAAAGACCAUGAUACAAAAGGCCAGAAAGCAUUUCCCCAACCAGCCAUACCGAAUGACUACGGAUUUCGGAGAGGUUGUGAUGCUUCAAUCCGAAUGGUUCCAGGAGAUCCGCAAUAAUCCGCACCUGAGCUUCAUCGGAACAAUAGCUGAGGAGCGUAUUUGCGAAAUACCAGGGUUUGAACCACUUGCGACGCUUGGAGAGGACGGCAUGCUUGUGCAGAUUAUAGCAACAAAGCAGCUGACCCGUUCGAUCAAUCAAGUUACAGAACCAUUAUCCGAAGAGAUUGCGCUUUCCCUGUCUAUCAACAUGGGAGAAUCCACUGAUUGGCAUGAGAUACAAAUCAUGCCUGCGUUACGUGAUGUUACCGCCCGUAUGUCGUCUCGGGUAUUCCUAGGCAAAGAGCUUGCGAGGAGCGCAGAAUGGUUGGAGAUUACGACAAACUACACAAAUAUCACGAUGAUGGCCCUGGCUAAACUCACCAACUAUUAUCCUGCUAUACGACCUUAUGUCGGCCGGUUCUUUCCAGAAAGCAGGCGAGUUCAGACCUACUACAAGCGAGCGAGAGCCUUGAUAGACCCCGUCAUGGAGAAAAGGGCAGCUUUGAAACGAGCCGCAAUCGAGGCUGGCCAACCAGAACCAAUCUACAACGAUGCGCUGGAAUGGAUCGCUAAAGAGUCAAAGGAGCACAACUUCAAAUGUGAUGUCGCGAACUUCCAGCUGAUGAUCUCUGUCGUGGCUAUUAGUACGACGUCAGACUUGCUCCAAUGCACUUUAAUUAACCUUAUAAAGCAUCCGGAGACGAUGCAAGCUGCUAGAGACGAAAUCGCUCAUGUACUAAAAACAGAAGGCUGGAGAAAAACCUCGCUCUAUAGUAUGAAAUUGCUUGAUAGCAUCCUGAAAGAGAGCCAGCGCAUCAAGCCCUUUUUCUCAGCGAUGCGCCGUGCCGUAGAAGAAGACAUAACACUCGCAGACGGCACCCUUAUCAAGAAGGGAUCUCGGAUACACAUUGAUACACACCGAAUGGUAGACCCAGAGGUCUACGAGAACCCAGAGGAGUGGAAGGGAAGCCGCUUUUUGGACCUGCGAUCGCAGCCUGGAAAAGAGCACGUGGCGCAACUAGUGACCACCAGCGUCGACCACAUCGGAUUCGGACAUGGCAAGCAUGCCUGCCCGGGGCGCUUCUUUGCUGCGAAUGAACUGAAGAUUGCUCUCUGUCACCUUUUGCUGAAGUACGACUGGAAGUUGGCCCCGGGAACACCUACGGAUGAUGUGAAUAUGGGAUUUUCUCAGAGAGUUAAUCCAUUUACGAAGGUGUUGUGUCGAAGAAGGACAUCGAUGGAGGUUGACAUCGACUCUAUCUAAAU